AUGGCACCCACGACAAACUCGCAUGGCCGUUCUCACAGCCUCCUCUUGCUCCAGAGGCUUCUGAAUCUGCGCGAUGCCGCCAGCCCUCUCACUCUUCUUCUCGAUAACCUCGAACAGCCCGCCCGGCCAGUAAUCUCAGAGCUCAUGACAAGAGCAAAGCUGGCAAAAACAAAAAUCAUAUUCCUAUCCUUCUCUACACUUCGCAAGCCUCGAGAAGCAGACGUCUUCAUCAAAGCCACGGGAAAAGAUUUAAACGCAGUCAGCCGGGAACUUCUGUCACAUUAUCCCGCAUUUCAGCCAGCAGCCAUCAAAGAUAAGACAGUUCAGACUGUCGUCUUCAUUGACUCAUUAAAUUCUCUUUCAUCGGCGGCUACCCAAUCACUGGCCGUCUUUUUAUCCAGCAUCAUCACGCCAGUAGUUUCCAUCGUGGGUGUAUAUCACACCGAUGUACCAGUCAUCCUACCAAAAUCUUUCAACGAAUAUGAGCCUCACCCGUUUGCGCUGCUGAACCAUCUAGCAACGGCCAUCUUAACACUAUCAAACCUACAGCAAGAAAUCGAACGGCAAAAGGCUCGCAACAGGAGUGUCGUAGAGCCAGAAUGGGGCCUCAAAGAAGAUCGCGAAGGUGUCCUCAUCGGCCUCACAGAAAAGAGCAAGUCUGAAGACCAGGGAGGCGUCGUCAUCAACAUGGAGUUACGAAGGAGAAGCGGGCGGGCCGUCGACGAAAAGUUCAUCCUCAUGCCACCCUCUGCAGCGACGACAAAAGCCGGCCUCGGCAAGCUUUGUCUUCUCACGGACCAUUCAAUGUUCAAGAAGCCCGAGGCAGAUCAAGGUGAAGAUGGAGAAGAACAGCCCGAGAGCACAUUUAAUCUAGGCCUUACAGAGAAGCAGCGAAAGGAUAGAGAGGGGAUUGUGCUGCCGUACUUUGAUGCGCAGACUGAUAUUGGAGCUGGAGAGGGUGGCAGGAUCUUGUACGAGAUGGGCAGAGAAGAUGAUUUUGAUGACGAAGAGGAUGAGAUAUGA